AUGCGGAUUCGUCGUCUGGAGGAGAAGGAGGCGGAGCAGGUUGAGUCAAACAAGCAGCUGAAGCUGAAGAUCGACCAGCUGCAGAAACACCUGGAGGAGAAGGACAACUUAAUAACACAGGCCAACCAGACUGCUGCUUGUCUAAAAGAUGAGCAGAGAGAUUUGAAACAGCAGCUUCAAACUCAGCAGUGCAAAGUCAACACCUUGAAUCUGGACAAAGACUCACUACAGGACCAACUAGACCACCUGCGCAAGAAGUUCCAGGAAGCCAGUCAACGGCUGCAGAACGUCCAAGCUUCCGAGACAUCCAAUGAGGAGGGCCUGCUCAAGAUCAGGGAGCUGGAGCGGCGGUUGGCCAUGCAGGAGCAGGACUCUCUGAUCGUGCGGAACAUGAAGGGCGAGGUGGCCCGGGUUCCGGAACUGGAGAGAGAACUCAAGCGCCUCCGUGAGGACAACGCCUACCUCAGGUGAGGAGGUGUGUGUGUGUGUGUGUGUGUGGCUGCAGGAAGCCUGAAGAUCUCUCCAGAGAAGUGAUUGACAUUCAGCAGCGAGAGAUCAUCCUGAAGCAAGAC